AUGCUUGGUUUUCAGAUGGUCGUGAGGGAGGCUAUUCUCUCAAUGUUUACUGUCAGUCAACGCUCGUUCCUCGUUGUUUCUUUGUUGCUCAUUCUAGGGGAGGCAUUGCUGUGUGGAUGGGUUAUCGACAACGUGAAAUAUACUGAAAUUGAUUGGUCAACGUACAUGCAGCAAGUAGAAUGCUUCCUGAGUGGUGUCCGAAACUAUUCUCAAAUUGGGGGUGAUACAGGACCUGUUGUCUACCCAGCCGGGCAUAUUUACGCAUAUGGGAUAUUAUAUUCAAUAACCAGUGGAGGAAAGGAUAUCCGACGGGCGCAAUACAUUUUUGAAAUUCUUUAUUUAAUGACGCUUUUAUUAGUUUUUCGAGUGUAUUACAAAAGCAAAAAAAUUCCUCCUUUUGUGCUUUUUUUCUUGUGCUGCAUAUCUUACCGUAUUCACUCAAUUUUUCUUUUGCGCUUGUUCAAUGACCCUAUUGCGAUGCUUUUCUUCUAUGUAGCCUUGAAUUUUUGGAUAAGUAGGCAAUGGAUAAUUGGAUGUAUCUUUUACAGUUUGGCGGUAUCGAUAAAAAUGAAUGUGCUUCUUUUUGCUCCUGCAGUAUUUUUUAUGCUUCUGCUUUACAACGGUGUCAUGAAAACUGCUAUUUUGCUAAUUAUUUGCGGCAUUAUUCAGGUCUUGUUGGCUUUGCCGUUUUUGACUUUUGAUCCUAUUAGUUAUUUAUCUCGAUCGUUUGAUCUCGGUCGUGUUUUUCUUUUCAAAUGGACCGUCAAUUGGCGAUUUCUUCCUCCGGAGGUAUUCCUCAGCAGAAGAUUUCACCUCAGCCUUCUCGGGAUUCAUUUUUCAGUUCUACUAUUGUUUGCAUUCUUCUGUUGGUUUAGAAACGUUUUAGAUAUUUUAUAUGCGUUGUUCACUGCCAAUUUGAUAGGAAUUGCUGUAGCUCGUUCACUGCAUUAUCAGUUUUACAGUUGGUAUUUCCAUUCGUUGCCGUAUUUAUUGUUUUCCACUCUCUCCUACAAAAAUUUAGUUUCCUUGAACUUGUGCUGGAAUUCGUACCCGUCGACAAAACUCAGCUCUGGCGCGUUAAAUGUUUUUCAUCUGGUAAUUCUCGUUAUCACAUUUGUUCACGGUUGCACUCUUUGGCAGUCCAAGAAGAAGGAGAUUUAG